AUGACGAAUUUUCUCGGCGAAAAUAAUCGCUCUGCUGCCGCCGAAAAAGUAGGAUCAUGUUCAACUUUUUCGCGGCGAAAAGCGAGCGAUGAAAAAAUUGACCAAUCAGCUUACGCGAACUGCGAAGUAAUAUUUUCGAAGCACAAUGUUUUUUACAAAAUGGAAGACGGAAAUUUGUUAGCAAAUUUGUCGGCAGACAAUAUUUCCGCACUUGAAGAACUUAUGCGGCAAGCUAGAAGAGGUUCCGAAAGCGAGGAGACACAACAGAAUACGGUCGAGGCAACGGAGAGUACUAGCGUCGAAUUUGACAAAGAGUUCUUCAUCGAAGAAGUCAGACAACUAAGUUGUCUUUGGGACACAAGCUCGUCUUUAUACAAAGACCGUACGGUCAAAGCGAAUGCCUGGAAGAAACUGUCUGAAAUUUUUGACAGGGACGGUAAGGAUUAA